AGCCCCGCUCCCACCCCCUCGCCUGCCCCCACCCUCCUUCCCUUUCUCUCGCUCUCUCGGCGAGAGCAGUGUGCCUCCCUUCCCAGAUGGCAGGCGGCAGCGCCAUGCAGCCUCCCGUUCCUCCUCCUCCUCUCCCUCCUCUCCGGCUCUAAGUCAAUGCCAUGCUGCCGCUGCUCCUCCCGGCACUGCUGGCCGCCUGCCUGCCGCCCUGCCAGGGCUGGAGCCCCUCGGCGGCUGCCAGCGGGCAGGAGGAACAGGAGCAAGAGCUCUUCUUGCCCCAUGUCAACUCCUCCUCCAGCUCCUUGGCCAGCCUCGAGAUGGACCUCGACGGGGCAGCAAGCAAGGAGGAAGGCAGCACCACCAGCCCGGGCACGCCGACUGCCCCUAGCCAAGAGCCUUUCCCUUCCUCUCCCACCUCCUCCGGGCAGCAGCAGCAACAGCAGCAGCAGCAGCGUCCCCAGCCGCAGGGGCAACCGCAGCCCGCCGAGGACCCCCACUGCAAUAUCAGCGUGCAGCGGCAGAUGCUGAGCUCGCUGCUGGUGCGCUGGAGCCGCCCGCUGGGCAUCCAGUGCGACCUCCUGCUCUUCUCCACCAACAGCCACGGGCGAGCCUUCUUCUCCGCCGCCUUCCACCGCGUGGGGCCGCCGCUGCUCAUCGAGCACCUGGGGCUGGCGGCCGGCGGUGCCCAGCAGGACUUGCGCCUCUGCGUGGGCUGCAGCUGGGUGCGGGGCAGGCGGGUCGGGCGCCUGCGGGGCGCCGCUCCCCAGGCCGCUGCGGCCGCCGCCGCCGCCUCCUCCUCCUCCUCUUCGCUCUCCUACCCGCCGGCGGCGGAGCCCGGUCAGUACUGGCUGCAAGGGGAGCCGUUGAAUUUCUGCUGCUUGGAUUUCAGCCUGGAGGAGCUGAAGGGAGAACCGGGCUGGCGGAUGAACCGCAAGCCCAUCGAGUCUACCUUGGUGGCUUGUUUCAUGACUCUGGUCAUCAUCGUGUGGAGCGUGGCCGCCCUCAUCUGGCCGGUGCCCAUCAUCGCCGGCUUCCUGCCCAACGGCAUGGAGCAGCGCCGAAGCACCGCCGCCGGCACCGCCGCCGCCGCCAAGUAGCCUCUCCCGGUGACACCCCCCCCUCUUCUCUUCGUCGUGCGGUGUGGAGGGACGCGGGGCGGCCGCCUCCCGCCGGGCCGGACUCUGUCGUGUUUUGAUUUUGUUGUUUUUGGUUUGGGUUUUUUUUUGUUUGUUUGUUUAAAGCGUGUUACAGGUGCCCGGGCGGCCGGGGGGCGCGGGGGGCCGCCCGGCCCGCCCUGAGGGGAGCAGCUCCUCCGGCCCCGCCGCCGGAGACGACCAGAUCCUGUGUGCUCGUUUUAUAUCUUUAAUACCCGUUUUAAACGAACCUUUUAGUAAAAAAGAAGAAAAAAAUAAAAAGAAAAAGCCCCCCCCCCCCCCGAUCAACGCAGGAAAUAAAAGAUCCUCCCAUUCAACCGCGUUUGUUGUAGUCGGAGUAGCUUUUUUGUAUAUGAAUACAGUUUGAGCGGGUUUUUUCUUUAUUUGCAGAAAGGAAAGUCUCUUUUUGGCAGGAUCAAGAACUGAAGUAGUAUAUAUAUAUUGUUAUUGCUGAAGCUGAACUUUAACGAACCUUUUACACUGUAUUUCCCAGUUGAGAUAGUGUGUAUUUAUUAUUGUAGCUCCGCAUUAUUUGGCUUUUAAUACAGAGGUUUUCUUUCUG